ACCUCCCUCUCCAGUCUGCUGGGAAGUCACGAGGCUCCUUGUGAGGCGAACGAGUACGCGAUCAAAGAAGCCCUGGCCGGUCGGAUGUCCGAGCUGAAGCAGAUGCGUGAGCUGAUAGCCACGCUUGACAUGACUGAAAUGGGUAUAAUACCUCGAGAUGCCAGUCAAUUUCACACAGCCACAGUUGGCAUUGUCGGCGUGUCAUCAGCGCCUAAAAGUGGAUUUGAAAUAUUGCCACUUUGCCAAAAUAUAAUUUUUGUCUUUUCAACAAGCAGACUGAGACUGGGACCGAGUGAAAUCGGUGAACCGGAACAAUGGGAAGGACAUUUACAUGUCCAUGAAGCAGAUUCGGAUAGGAGAUGGGAGUAG